UGCACGGUCAGUGUGUCUGUUGUUGUUUAAAGAGACGCUCGGCGAAGUGAACAGGUACAGGAUGCUGCGUCUGCGUUGCAAAGCCAAGAACGGGACCCAUCUGAUGCAGGGCCUUACACACCAAUCUUGUGUUCAGGAACUCAAAGAUAAGAUCGAGGAGCUGACAGGGAUACCAUGCGAUGUACAGAAAAUCAUGGUCGGUUAUCCACCGUCCAGCCUGGAUCUACGCAACGGUGAAGCCCAUCUCAAAGACUACCCUAUCAAAUCAGGAGACACUUUGAUUGUAGAGGAGGAGAAGAACAAACCCAAACCCCCAGUGCAACCCACUGUGACCAAAGGGCCCAGCUUUGAAGUGACCCCAGUCGUCGAGCGCCGCGUAGUGCCCGCCGACAACUCCUGUUUGUUUACUAGUGUGAACUACGUAAUGGAAGGCGGUGUGUACGACCCGGCCUGCGCGUCCGAAAUGCGUGGUCUCAUCGCACAAAUAGUAGCCAGCGACCCCACCGCGUAUUCAGAAGCCGUUUUGGGCAAAACCAAUGAAGAAUACUGCACAUGGAUCCGUCGAGAUGACACGUGGGGAGGCGCCAUUGAAGUUUCCAUCCUCUCCAAGUUCUACCAAUGUGAAAUCUGCGUUGUGGACACUCAAACGGUACGCGUGGAUCGAUUCGGCGAAGAUGCUGGGUACACCAAACGAGUGCUGCUUAUUUAUGACGGAAUUCAUUACGAUCCGCUUCAGAAGGUGUUGCCUGGUUCUGACGUCCCUGCGCAGACCGUGUUCUCCACCGUAGAUGAUGUUAUUUUAGCUCAAGCGCUGGAACUAGCGGACGAAGCACGGAGGAAACGGCAGUUUACAGAUGUCAACCGGUUUGCUUUGCGCUGUAUGGUGUGCCAGACUGGCCUGGUAGGGCAGAAGGAGGCAAGGGAACAUGCCAAGGAGACGGGCCACACCAAUUUUGGAGAGGUGUGAUGUUCUCGGCUCCAUAUUUAAAAUCACCGCCGCGUCACUGCCACGCCAUCUGACAUGGUACCUGCUCUUUCACUGCUGCCUGUUCCAGCUCAGUACAGUCCUCUACCUCACAUUGUCUUCAGGAGACUUUCACGUGUCGAGUUACCCAAGAAUACAGUGUUCUUUUGGUUUCAGUUUACUCUUGAAGUAUUCAAUUGUGCUUUUUUUUUCUUUGCCUGACGUGAGGACAAGCCGUCUGUUUAAACCAAAAUGUUUAAAAGGGAUUU